CACCAACCCCUUGGACUUCUCCUACCACCAACCAGCCAGCCAGACCGUCAACCCGUUGCCUCUUCCUCCUCACCCAACAACCACGACAAGAUCAUCUUUGUUCCCUCCCAGUCUCCAAGCGGAAAGACUUGAAGAUGCCCCACGUCCCCAGCCCACCUCAGCCUUCAAGUUGUGAGAACCUAAAGUCGCCCACGGACCGCCUACGCUACCUGUACGCCGACGUGCGAAGGAUCUCUGAGAUUGCCGCACCUGAGCUGGUGCUUCACCCAGCCGACCGGGACCUGACCUCCCCGCCGCGGGCACCGUUGCGCGGGGUCGCGGCUUGCCAGGUGCAUGAGGAAGCCCUGGUGGCUGCCACGGGGGAAACGCUGGUCAUGGACGUUGAGAGUAUCACGGUCGGGGCCGACGGGGUGUUUGGGUGCGUUUUGGGGGUUUUGAGGGCUGGUGAGACCAAGGGGGAGCAUGGGCAAAUGGAUGGUGAUGGUGACGGGGAGGAGAACAAGGUUGGAUCGGUGAAGAAGAGGUCGAGGGGAGUCCUUGCGGUGCCCUUUUGUGGUUUGUGGAGGUUUGACCAGGAGGGAAGGGCGGUUGAGCAUUGGGAGAACGCGGCCGACCCGGCAGCAGUCGCAAAGUGGCUGACAGGGGAGUGAGUGAACGAUGUCAAGGCAUGGCCAACUUCUGGCCCCUGACCUAGCAACCAACCCAUUGGCUACGCCAGACCUUGAAUGCUUCCCCGGAUGUCUGU